AUGGAUGCAGUCGCCGGCACGGCGGGUAUCGGGGACCAGCGGAAGUGCGCGCCCGCGCGCCCGGCAAGAUCAUCCUCGCGGGCGAGCACGCCGUCGUCCACGGCUCCGCCGCCGUCGCCGCCGCCAUCGAUCUCUACACCAGGUCCUCCCUCCUCCUCCGCCCCACAGGUGCUCCCGCCCACCCUGGCUUCUUCUGGUUCUUCGUUUUGUCGCGUCGCCGCCGCUGGUACCCUUCUCACAGCUCCUCUCUCCCGGUGCCACGCAGGAGAGGGUGGCGGCGCUGACUCCGGCGCGGUGGAGCUGUACCUCAGGGACUCGGGCCUCACCUUCUCGUGGCCGUGCUCACGCCUCCGCGGGGCGCUAGGCGAGGAGAUCAGCGCCAACCCCGGGGUUCCGGCGCCGUGCUCCCCUGACCAACUGGCCACCAUUGCCAGGCUCUUGGAGGACCAGGAGAUCCCUGAGGCCAAGAUCUGGCUCUCUGCCGGCCUGUCCGCUUUCCUUUUCCUCUACACCUCCAUUCUGGGAUGCAGGCCUGGCAAGGCAGUGGUGACCUCGGACCUGCCCAUGGGUGCAGGGCUCGGCUCGUCGGCGGCAUUCUGUGUGUCCAUGUCAGGGGCUCUAUUGACGGCUGCUGGCGCAGUCAGUGUUGGAGCACACACGGGUGCUGAGGGGUGGGAGGUGUUGGAGAAGGGUGAUCUUGAGCUGGUCAACCAAUGGGCGUUCCAAGGGGAAAAGAUCAUUCAUGGCAAGCCUUCUGGCAUCGACAAUUCCGUCAGCACUUUCGGAAAAAUGAUCAAAUUCAAGAAGGGGGAACUGACAAACCUUGAGUCCAGGAACCCAGUCAAAAUGCUUAUUACUGACACAAGAAUUGGUAGGAACACAAAGGCCCUGGUUGCUGGUGUGUCUGAAAGAGCAUCUAGGCAUCCAGAUGCUAUGGCUUCUGUCUUCCAUGCAGUGAACUCUAUUAGUGAAGAGCUUUCAAGCAUUGUUGAGUUAGCGGCCGAGGAUGAAAUAGCCAUCACCUCUAAGGAGGAUAAGCUAGCAGAGCUUAUGGAGAUGAACCAAGGUUUGCUUCAGUGCAUGGGAGUCAGCCAUUCUUCUAUAGAAACUGUGUUACGAACCACUCUGAAAUAUAGCUUGGUCUCAAAGCUAACUGGAGCUGGUGGUGGAGGCUGUGUGUUGACUCUAAUACCGACGUUAUCGGCCAAUAUUGUUCUGGAGAAAGUCACCACAGAGCUCGAAUCUCAUGGUUAUCGCUGCUUCAAAGUUGAGGUUGGUGGGCGAGGUCUCCAAAUCUGUCCUUUAUUGUUAGUGAAAGAUCGUGGCCGCCCUGAUGAUCCAAAAGCUCGGCCCAAAGCAUCUGGAGAAGUCACUGUUGCUAACAAUGUGCAAGAUUUGCCAUCUGCCCCUCUUGGAAAAGAAGAAAAUAUGGAGAGUUUAUCUGAUGCAAACAAACAUGAUGCUAAUGAAGAUGUCAAAGAGGAAGUUGAAGCAUCUGAUGAAUAUGAUACAGGAAUAGGAAGACUUGGACAUGGCUCUGAUGCUUUUGGUUCCGAUGAUGAGACAGAUUUGCCAUUUGCCCCUCUCGGAACAGAGGAAAAUAUGGAGAGUUUAUCUGAUGCAAACAAACAUGAUGCUAAUAAUGAAGAUGUCAAAGAGGAAGAUGGUACAAGUCAGAACUGA